AUGGAUCCUAAAAAUACUAUAAAUAGUAAUCUUGGAAAAAAACAUAUUUAUAAAGAAGUAUUUGCUUUGACAUUCCGGAAUCUAGGUAUUAAGAAAAAGGCAAAACUUAGGAAUAUUUCUAGUAAGCAGCAAAAAAGAAAAAAAUAUGCUAUGAAGAAAGCAAUGGUAUUUGAAAAUCAAUUACAGCACAAGGUUUAUAAGUCUGAACAAAAGUAUUUUUUGAAAAAAGAAAGAAAGAAUAUUUGGGAUAAAAUUAAUGAGAAUCUAGUAAAAUAG